AUGGAGGUACCAGGCUUGGCGCGCAACAUCAGCAGCCCGCUGAGCCCCUGCGAGGGGUCGGGGAUGAUCAAGGACCUGAGCCUGGACACCAUACAGCUUUGCGAGCGAGACGGAAGUAAAUCCCAGGAUGGCGCCAUCUCUGACAUGGAGGAUCUGCCUGUCCCUCAGAACAUUAAGAUCAGCAACAUCACCUGCGACUCUUUUAAGAUCUGCUGGGAAAUGGAGCAGCAUGGCAAAGAGCGUAUAACGCACUACUUUAUUGACUUGAAUAAGAAGGAGAACAAAAACUCCAACAAAUUCAAACACAAGGAUGUGCCGACCAAGCUGGUGGCCAAGGCGGUGCCCCUACCCAUGACUGUGCGGGGCCACUGGUUCCUUAGCCCACGCACUGAGUACACGGUGGCAGUGCAAAUGGCGUCCAAACAGCCCGACGGGGACUACGCUGUCUCAGAUUGGAGCGAAAUCAUUGAGUUCUGCACUGCUGAUUAUUCCACGGUUCAUCUCAACCAGCUCCUAGCGAAGGCCGAAGUGAUAUCUGGCCGGAUGCUGCGGUUCUCCGUCUUCUACCGCAACCAGAAUAAGGAAUACUUUGACCACGCCAGGGAGGAGCAGGGAAACCGGAUGCUUCCUUCGGUGAAGGACAACAGCGGUAGCCACGGUUCUCCCAUUAGUGGCAAACUGGAGGGUCUCUUCUUCAGCUGCAACACCGAGUUCAACACAGGCAAGACCCCUCAGGACUCCCCGUACGGCCGCUACCGCUUCGAGGUCAAUGCAGACGCCCUGUUCAACCCCGACACCAAUCUCUACUUUGGGGACUUCUACUGCAUGUACACGGCCUACCAUUAUGUUAUCCUGGUGCUGGCGCCCAAGGGCUCUCGGGGAGACGAUUUUUGCAAGCAGAGGCUGCCAGCCCUCGACAUCACUGACAACCGAUUCCUCACCUGCCAACGAGAGGGCGGCGAUGAGGGCAGUCUGGUGUUCCGUCACGCCCAGGACGUCAUUCUGGAGGUCAUCUACACGGAGCCCGUGGACCUGGCAUUGGGCACGGUGGGCGAGAUCAGUGGGCACCAGCUCAUGAGUCUGUCAACAGUCAACGCCAAGAAGGACCCAAGCUGCAAGACCUGCAACAUCAGUGUGGGCCGCUAA